UGAAAGGACAGAGAUUUAGCGUAGAUGGUAGGUUAUCCCCACCCACAGCUGCCAAACCAGAAGAAAAAAAAAUUUCCCAACUCAAAAGGACCCAAGUUCACAAUAAAUCAGGCUCUCCUGCUUGGAUUCUCACCUGCAAAUCACUCUCAGCUUCUCCUCCUUCCUUCUUUUUUCCCUUCUGUAAUCUAUAGUUAAUGUCUUGCUUGAGUCUGGGCAAUAACCUUACACCUCCUAAGAAGGCAUGGAAGGGCUUCACUUCCAAACUCCAAAUGAAGCUUCACAAGCUCAUACGAUCCAAAGCCAUCAAGAAGACCACAAGUCGUCUCAACACCACUCUAGCUGCCCUUCUCAAUCGCUCGCCCUCCUUCCCGUCUCACCUUCUUCAACGUGAGACUAAGAGACGAGUGAUUGCUAAAUCAUCAGCCUCUACAUUUCGUCCUCGUAAACAAAAUAAACAUCUUAGCUAUAAGCAGAAAUUCUCACCAGUCUAUAUAGAUGACCUGUUUACAACUGAACCCAUAUCAAUUCAAGUACCAACAACAGUAGCAGCCACACGUAAGGUCAUAGAGAAGUCCCCAGAGUCCUCAAGUGCUACUGCAUAUGUUCCUCCCAUAGAUUACUCAAGGAAGGCUGUAGUGGAGGUGCCACAGCUAGAGGGAGUGGAUAAGAGAGCAGAGGAAUUCAUUAAAAAGUUCAAGGCGGAGAUGAGGCUUCAGAGGCAGAGAUCCUUUGGGGAAUACCAGGAGAUGCUGGAACGGGGUUCCUAGUGAAUAGUCAUCUUUUCCUAUAUGUGGAUUCCUAGUUUGUAUCAAAAUUCAGGGGGGGAAAACCCUUUGGGUCUUGUGGUGUAUAGAAGUCUGAUCAGCUUGGGUUGA